AUGAUAAAGAAGGAGUUGGCUUUAACAAAGGACAUGGCUCAACAUUCGAAGCUUCAACUUCUAAGGACGAGAACACACAAGGUUUCAUUGCCAGAGUUGUUGUUUUUGGUGAGGAGGUUGUUUAGUUUAACCAUUGAUAGGGAGUUUGUUGAGCGUGGGCAUCCUCGGAUUGUUAUUCAAAGGGUAAUUGAGGGAUGUUCUUCGGUGGAUUCCAAAGAACUUGAGCUUGGAAGCUUUGGUGGAUUCCGAAGUGGCUCUUCAUCAUGGAUUAGACUUUGGCAUUGUGGAUUCAAUGUUGGGCGAAGCAAUUUCAAGGUCAAGACAGUGUUGAAGAGGUACAACGAGUUGGGUUCAAUUUGGUGGUGGGACAAAAGUGGAAGUGGCAGCAUGGUGGUUGUGAUGGUGGUGAUGGCGACGAUGAUGAUGGCAAUGGCCGUGGAGAUGGAUGGUGGUGUAACGUUAGAGCUUCUCUUGCAUUCUAAUACUGUAUGCUAUAAAAUGAAUUUCAGUGCUUCUUCUCAAUGUGGUACAAAGAGGAGUUACAUUGAUGAAUUCAACCCAACCAAUGAUCUGAGCCCUACACUUGACGUGGCACCUCUAAAUGCUGUCCCAUUUAGCGGUAGUCCUCCAAGAUUACUAGUAACAACAGAAAGAGAAGCUGAAGUGGAGAACCCUCCAAAAUCACCAACAAUGAAAGCAGAACCUCAAGCGGAGCAUCCUCCACAAUCAUUAACAAUUGGAACAAAAGCUCAAGGAGAGCAAAUUAAGCCCCCUAUAAUACUUCUUCCCUCGCAGCAAAUUGGAAAUGCUGCGAACGACAAUACCGGGCCAAUCAUAGGGCUAGUUGAUAUUGGUGAAUCUGAGGAUUCAUACCUCUUUCGUGUCUCUCUCCCCGGGGUCCUAACAAAUCAUGAUGCUUUUAGUUGUUCUGUUAAAUCUACUGGAGAAAUAAAAAUAGAGGGAGUUACCACCACCGGGGAGACAAAAGUGGAAAAGCACCACCACACUUUUGAAAUGCUAACCAAAAAUCUAUGCCCACCAGGUCAAUUUUCAGUCUCAUUCCAGCUACCUGGUCCAGUCGAUGAGUACCAAUUUUCCGGGCUUUUUGGUAUUGAUGGGGUUUGUGAAGGGAUUGUGAAAAAGAAAAUCUGAUAUAGUUUGAUCCCAAGCUCACAAGAAAAUGUGUUGAACUAUGGACUAUAUGCCGUGAUCAUUUAUCGUUUUGACAAAGUUUGGAACAAUGCAACUGAUUUUAUUUUCGUUGCGUGUGUUUUUCUUGGAGAUUUGUUGUGCUAUUGUA